UAUGUGGCAUUUCUAUCAGAUAUUCCAGUUGACAGCCUCCAAGGCGGCACAAAAUCAACUGAAGAGAAUUGAUGUGGGAAUUUAAAAUCAAGCUGUCAUUAUCCAGUUACACCAAAAACUGGCAAUGGCUUCUGAGGAAUGCAUUUUACUAGAUGUGGAAUUGGAUGACUUCAUUCUUUGUAACAGCUCUGCUAUUCAACAUGCGAAUCUCUCCCUCUUGAAUGAAGACUUCUUUUACUAUAGAUUCUUGUAUGCAAUUCCAACGAUUUAUGGGAUCAUCAUUUUGAUAGGGCUUGUUGGCAACAUAACACUGAUAAAAAUCUUCUGUACAGUGAAGUCCAUGAGGAAUGUCCCCAACUUGUUCAUUUCCAGUUUGGCCAUUGGUGACUUGCUUCUCUUGCUCACCUGUGUUCCUGUGGAUGCCAGCAGAUACCUGUCUCCUGAGUGGCUGUUUGGUCGGGUUGGAUGCAAACUGAUCCCUUUCAUUCAGCUCACCUCAGUGGGGGUGUCAGUCUUCACACUCAUGGCUCUGUCUGCAGACAGGUAUAAAGCCAUAGUGAGACCAAUGGACAUCCAAGCCUCUCAUGCUCUACUGAAGAUUUGUUUGAAAGCUGUCAUGAUCUGGAUUUUAUCCAUGCUGCUGGCAAUUCCUGAAGCUGUGUUUUCAGACUUGCGCCCUUUCUAUGAUAAGGGCACUAAUAAAACAUUCAUUAGUUGUACACCUUACCCGCUUACCAAUGAGCUGCAUCCAAAAAUUCAGUCAAUGGCUUCCUUUAUGAUAUUUUAUGUCAUUCCUCUUUCUGUUAUUUCAGUUUACUAUUAUUUCAUUGCUAAAAAUCUGAUACGGAGUGCUUACAACCUACCAGUGGAAGGAAAUGUACAUGUUAGAAAACAGAUGGAAUCCCGAAAACGUCUCGCCAAAACAGUGCUGGUUUUUGUUUGCAUCUUUGCUUUCUGUUGGCUGCCCAACCAUAUCAUCUACUUGUAUCGGUCAUACCAUUAUUCAGAGGUGGACACUUCCGUUCUGCACUUUAUCACCUCUCUCUGUGCUCGAAUCCUGGCUUUUGCUAACUCUUGCAUAAACCCUUUUGCACUCUACCUACUCAGCAAAAGUUUUAGGAAACAGUUUCAUCAUCAGCUGACAUGUUGCAAAGCCCGUGUUCUCAUUAGGUCCCAGAGCAUGGGCAGAAGCACCACACGAAUGACGUCUCUCAAGAGCACCAACCAAUCAAUGGUCACUUUCAGUUUCAUCAAUGGCAACCACCAUGGCCAUGAGGGCUACGUAUAGCAGGCACACCACACAUUGAAAGCUAUCACAAUGUCUGUUUAGCCAUUGAUGUCUGCUUUAUCCCAGUACGGAUCAAAUGUACAUACAAAGAGAGUUGGAUAACAGCCUGAGAACCUGCAGCAUGUGAGCAAGGUUCAAUACAGAGCUGAAGGGCUGCCCCACAGCUGUGCAUGCUUUUAGAACCUUGUCUUGUAAUAUUCUGGUUUAUAAUGUGUUUAAACACCCAUCAGCUAAACGUGGGCAUUGAAGGCAUUCAGAAUGUUUGAAA